GGAUAGCUAUUCAUUAUUUCUUAAGUACAUGAAACACUUGCAACAACAAAAAAGUUAAAGAUAUGGGUGCUAAAUGGAAUUCAAUGAUCAUAAUGGUGUUUGUGGUGACAAUGGUAAUAGCAAUGGAAAAUGUCAAUGGAGAGACGAGAGCUCAAUGCCAUGAAGAUUGCAUUACAGAUUGUGCCACCACAGGAAUAAUUCCGAUCAAGUGCCUUCAGAAUUGUUACCGUCGAUGUCCCGGCAAACCUCGUCGUACAUUAGGUCACCAUUUUUCAGAAGUGGAAGCGCAGACAUAGAAGAGACGAUGAAGUCAUGAAUCAGUGUUGGACUCUUGGGAGUUUUAAACUAGCUCUUCUUCUACUUCUGUAUCCUCCUUAUGUAAUAUGAUCAUUGUAAGUUUGUAACGCUAUUAAAUAAAAUAAAAUAAAAUUUGUCCC